AUGCUUUUGGUGGUCCUCGUGCUCCUGCUGCCCACAGUCUCUGAGGCUUGUGGUGAUCCACCAAGAUUUGACACUAUGAGGCUCCAGGGUGCACCUAAACCCAAUUAUCGUCCUGGGGAAUGUGUACAAUAUGAGUGUCGUCUAGGUUUCAAGCCCAAGGUUCCUAGUCUCCCGAGAUCUGCUGUUUGUCAAGAUAAUAAUACGUGGUCAUCUCUCCAGGAUGCCUGUGUAGAAAAAUCAUGUCCUAAUGUAGGAGAUCCUGUGAAUGGCCAAGUCAACUUCGUGAAUGGAAGUGCUCUGUUUGGUUCACAGGUUCACUUUGCUUGUAAUCCGGGUUUUUAUCUGAUUGGAGCAAAAAUUCUAUAUUGUGAAAUUUCUGGAGAUAAUGUGGCCUGGAGUGAUAAUCUCCCAAUUUGUGAAAUAAUUGUGUGUGCAGCACCUGGAAAUAUAACAAAUGGAAGAUUCACCGUUUAUAAGGAAGUAUAUCAAUAUAGUGAAGUAGUAAUGUAUAGGUGUAAUCCUUCAAAUGGACCAGAUGAAUAUUCUCUUAUUGGAGAAACCACCCUUAUUUGUGUUGAUCAUAACAGAUGGAGCAGUGCCCCGCCAGAGUGUAAAGUGGUCAAAUGUGACUAUCCAAUCGUCGAAUAUGCGGCAAUAGCAUCAGGAGUUAGAAGAAAAUAUUACUACAAUGCCCAAGUUGUAUUUCAGUGUCAUGAUGGUUUUUACCUUCAUGGGAGCAGCACAGUUGUCUGCGGUGCAAACGGUACCUGGGAGCCCGAGCUACCAAAGUGUACUAAAGAAGCAAUUGCUACCACUACGGUGUCUACAACUUCCAGUGCCUCAGGUUUCACAAAGUCCUGCUUAUAUUUUACCUUGGGUGUUGCCGUGAAGUUCUCUGGAGAAAGCAGUGUCCAUGGAUGA